AGUGCGCCCGAACCAGAAGAGACCCCAGCAGCCCACCUGUCUCCAGAAACAUCCCUGUGAGCUUCGCCCCCAGGCCUGCACCCCCUCUCCCUCCACCCCAGAACCCACAGCAUGGAGCCGGCCAACAGGACAGAGGUCUCCGAGUUCUAUCUGAAAGGAUUUUCUGGCUACCCAGCCCUGGAGCAGCUGCUCUUCGCUCUGUGCUCAGCCAUGUACCUGGUGACCCUGCUGGGGAACGCAGCCAUGGUGGUGCUGAGCCUGCUGGACGCCCGCCUGCACACGCCCAUGUACUUCUUCCUGGGCCACCUCUCCCUCCUGGACAUCUGCUACACGUCCACCUUCGUGCCCCUGAUGCUGGUCCACCUCCUGUCCCCCCGCAAGACCAUCUCCUUCACUGGCUGUGCCAUCCAGAUGUGCCUGAGCCUGUCUACGGGCUCCACCGAGUGCCUGCUGCUGGCCAUCAUGGCCUACGACCGCUACCUGGCCAUCUGCCGGCCCCUCCGCUACCCUGCGCUCAUGAGCCGCAGGCUCUGCUCGCUGCUGGCCGGAGCCGCCUGGGCCCUCUGUUUGCUCAAGUCGGCGUCCGAGACCGUCCUAGCUAUGAGGCUGCCCUUCUGUGGCCACCGCGUGGUCAGCCACUUCACCUGCGAGAUCCUGGCGGUGCUGAAGCUGGCCUGCGGGGACACGUCGGCCAGCGAGGCCUUCCUGCUGGUGGGUGCCGUCCUGCUGCUGCCGGUGCCCCUGGCUCUCAUCUGCCUGUCCUACACGCUGAUCCUGGCCACCAUCCUGAGGGCGCCCUCGGCCGCCGGCCGCCGCAAAGCCUUCUCCACCUGCUCGGCGCACCUGGCCGUGGUGCUGCUUUUCUACGGCACCGUCAUCUUCAUGUACAUGAAGCCCCAGAGCAAGGAGGCCCGCAUCUCCGACGAGGUCUUCACGGUGCUCUACGCCGUGGUCACGCCCAUGCUCAACCCCAUCAUCUACAGCCUGAGGAACAAGGAGGUGAGGGAGGCCGCCCGGAAGGUGUGGGGCCAGAGACGGGCCUGCCGGUGAGCCUCACAGGCAGGUCGGCUUUCCCUGCCCCAAGAAGGCAGCACCAAGGCCUCCAGACCUCGCCUCCCACCGCGGUCGCCUGGCCAUGCUCAGGACACUGGGGCUUCCCCUUGCCCUGUGCUGCCCAGC